CUUUGCACAUCGAGGGGUGGGACCUGCUGCCAGCACACACAGACUGGGGCCACGGGGUCACACCGGAGCAGCCUGGCGAGACAGCAGAGGCUGUGGAGGAGACAGAGGAAACGAGAAGAGAGGCCCCAGCCAGCAGCACACCCAAGGCAUCCCCCAAAGGCUGCAGGGCCACUCUGGUUGUCAAACUCCUGUGUUGAGAGAAGUGGCUGAAAUGCCACCUAAAAGGUGACAGAGGCGCAGCCCCAGUGAUGAACUGUCAAUUGCUUCGGCACACGAUGCAUUUCUUGGUGUGGAUCCCCUCCCUGUCAAUCCUGCAAGCAACUAGCGUAAGGUCUAGUCAUUUCUGACAAAGAGCAUGAGCAAAGCACACGAGCAGGACUUUAAUUAACACCCUAUAACAAAGCUCCUCCUCAGAGUGGACGUGAUGAUCUGGUAACCAAAGCCUCUCACACGAUUGCCAGGGCUGAACCUCUUUAUUUAAGCACCGACAACCCAAGGACAACCUGGCUGCAGGACACGCGUGAGGAACAUGUUACCAUGCUGGGGCUGAGCACGGAUCUGGAGCACAACCAUGACAAACAGUUCGACCUGCACUGAAACAGACCUCAAGCCCUACUAUGCGAUUACAUACACUUUCAUCCUAAUCCCUGGACUAAUAGGAAACACAUUAGCUUUGUGGGUCUUUUAUGGGUACAUGAAAGAGACUAAAAGGGCUGUAAUAUUUAUGAUCAAUUUAGCCAUUGCUGACUUAUCGCAGGUUUUAUCCUUGCCCCUGAGGAUUUUCUACUACUUGACAGGGACGUGGGAAUUUGGAGGAGGUCUCUGCAUGUUUUGCUUCUACCUGAAGUACGUCAAUAUGUAUGCAAGCAUCUACUUCUUGGUUUGCAUCAGCGUAAGACGGUAUUUGUUUCUUAUGCACCCAUUCAAAUUCAGUGACUGCAAACGCAUCUGUGAUGUGUAUAUCAGCAUCAUUGGGUGGGUCGUGGUCUGUGUUGGCUGUUUGCCUUUCCCACUUCUCAGACUCCACCAGGAUGCUAAAAACACAUGUUUUGUGGAUCUCCCUGUAAAGGAUGUUGACCUUCCCAUCUCCAUUGCAAUGAUGGCAAUAGGUGAAUUGGUAGGGUUCGUAACACCCCUACUCAUCAUCCUAUAUUGCUCAUGGAAGACUAUCUUAUCACUAAAAGAAAAAAAUUCUGCUUCACAUGGCCUCGGAGAGAAGAAAAAGGCUUUAAAGAUGAUUCUUACCUGCGCGCUGGUAUUUCUGAUUUGCUUUGCACCUUACCAUAUCAGCUUUCCACUAGAUUUCUUUGUCAAAACCAAGAAGAUUAAAAACGGAUGCGCCCAGAAGGUGAUCUCAGUGUUUCACGUUGUAGCUUUGUGCCUUGCCAGCUUGAACUCCUGUGUGGACCCUGUCAUUUACUACUUUACUACAGAUGAGUUCAAGAGACGCCUUUCCAGGCAGGAUCUGCAAGACAGCAUUCAGCUCCACAACCUCAGUUACGUGAGGAAGCACUCCAGAGAUGUGCUCAGGAAGGAUGCCAUGGACUACUAGAGCUGGCCUUCCCCAGACAGUUGCCAGGACUUCAAAUGUUCACUAUAUUUUGGGGUUUAGCCCAAUUUUAUUUUCCCCACCAAUUCCAUUUCUGGCUUGAAAGCCAUAUGGUUUGAAGCCAUAUUGCUGCCUUGGAUAAGCUUUAACCACGGGGCUCUGCUUCAAGGGUAGAUGUCCAUCAGGCCUUUCAGGUCUGCUUUUCACCAAAGAGAGAGCAAAUUAUUUCUCUUUCACUGAUAA